CCCUCCUCGAGGGCUUCUUCCCCACAAGUUAAGUUCUGUUCCCAGCUGUGGGAAACUCCUGCGAAAAUGGCCGAAGCUCAGGGAUCUCGGACAUCAAGGCUGUCAGCCAAAGCACGGAAUGAUCAGAAAUGGGAAACCCAUAAAGACAACAUCCGGAGUGUAUACAUGGAUAUGGACCAUACGCUCAAGGAUACAAUGCAAAUCAUAAGUCAUACCUAUCAAUUCAAAGCCAGUGAACGAAAAUGGAAAGAAAAGCUUAAAAGCUGGAAAUUCGAAAAGAACGUCUCCUCCGCAGCCAUGGGUAUUCUCAUUGCCAAGAGCGAGAAAAGAAAGCGGGAAGAAGGGAAGGAGACGCAAUUUUUCCAUGGUGGGGCUGAGAUCAAGAAAAUGAGAUUGGAGAGUUUCAAAAAGAGGAGAGUGGUAGAUUUCUUGGAUGCUGUGUCUCCAACCGCUGAAACACCAGUAGGCAUAACAUAUUGCACUCCUGGUCCCGAAACUCCUCGGAUUCCCACAGCCUUGGAAAACUUCCGAGACAAGAGUCUCGAGCCACUAGAUGAUAUGUUACCUACUACUCGUCUCACUGUAGCCCAUCUGUCCGACUCUGAAAGCACAUCAGAAGUGGAGGUUCAAACAUUUCUUCCAGACCCAUCCGGAGGCCGUGGCGAGAGGAAUAUGCUCAUCCAGACUAUUGCAGGGAGUUCUAUGCUGUGGAACUGUCCUGAACGAGGACUUCAUACCAUUGACGAGGAGUCAGUCCUUGGCCUCGAAGAAGAAGAUCUUGCACCAUCCAUCGUAUCGGACUUGAUCGCUAAUCACAUCGACGGAGCACGAAUGGAUCGCAAAAACCGCCAAAUCAAAUCAGCAGCAGUCAAGUAUCUCGGUUCCAUUAUUCUUGCCAUUGAGCGACAGUGUUGUUCCACUGAGGCUCUUCUAGAAUAUAUUUCGGAGUUCUUGGAAUUCCUAGAAGCAGGACCUGGUGCAUGUGUGACUGAAUUGCAAGAACUGGACGAGCGGCCGGAGUUCGAGCUUUCAAAAUAUUCCGACGUGUGCCUCCUAUACCAUGAGGCUUUGACCUUGCUUCGUGAGGAGUUCGAACGUACAUCUGAAGUGGUGGCUCGCAUAUGCCUUCUAAUGGCAAAUCUCGAAACCUUGUACCCGGAGAUGUCGCAUCAUGCAGAGACACUCUAUGGCGUGGCGAUUGAAGGCUAUCAGAAGAUGCAGAAGUUUGAUGAUUUGCUACAGUGCCAAGUGUCUCUAGCAGAUGUGCUAUUAAAUCUUAAUCGGUCCUCUGAUGCUUAUGAGUUACUGGCCCGAGAAUGCGGUCGAUACCUACACGACCACGUGUUAUUCAGGGAUGGGACGUCGCCCACCACGUUAUACAAUCUCACAUCGUUAUCAUCUGGAGUCGGAGUACGAUCAUCGAUAGUCCGAAUCAAACGCAUACUCUCUGAUAAAAAGCGCAUCUCCAGACGUAAUUUUGAACGGAACGAGGAUUUAGAUGUCCGGAUGAUCCACGAGAUUGCAGUGUUAGGUGGAAUCUUAUCUACCAAGGCAAGCCAAAGCGAUUCUGUCCUAUAUCUUGAAGCCCUGGACCCUCUAUGGUCUGCGGUGUUCAACAAGCUCUCAUUUUUGGAUGAUGUUGAAUUUGCAUCCUUGAAGGCAUUUGUCUACAUACAACGUAGCAAUUACCUGUGCAAUGGUUUCAAUCUAUUCCGCCAUCUGAACUGUCUCGAUGACAUCCGUGUUGCUUAUAAGUACCUCGCAACAGGAGGCCUUUUUCAGCUCGCCCUGAGGGAUCAGUUCAUCUGCCAUGUGGACAGUCUUCGCCAGCGAGCAAUGAAUAUACCGCAUUUGAGAACCCUAGACAUGAUGGAUGCCUUUUCAAUAGGUAGAUUGGCCGACCUGUCAGAGAGUCCCAGAGAUUCAGAGCGCCCAAGAGAUUUAGUGUCUGAUCUCGAGGUGGGACGUCUUUCCACUUGUUCUUUCAAUCCUUGGGGAGGAGAUGCUGCUCCCGCUGACAAUGCAUGGAUGAAGGAAUAUGGUGUGCGCUUCAGCGAUGCUAGAAAGAUAGGGCUUGUCUUCACAGAUUGA